UCUGUAGGCACAUUAUAUUGCUAGAAACAGCUAUUCUCUGACAUAAUGAGAUUUUCUGGCCUUCUUUUCUUGGCGGAAUUGUAGCCUUUUUGCCUGGGGUUGUCUGUUGCAUACAAAAAUCGUAAAACAAACUCCGGUCCGAGACCUUACUUGUCUUCGGGACGUGUAGUAUUCUCCAGUAUUACAAACAUGGCAGACAUCUUCAACUUCCCCGUGUAUACCCGUGCGGUGGUCCGCCAGAUCUCCAGCAAACUAAACGAAGCGACCCGUAUGGAAGGUUUUGACGAGAUUGCUGAUGUCGACAAGGCAAAGGAAGAGCAUGCUUGUUUGGUCCAAGCGCUGAAAGAUUUGGGGUUGGAGGUGACAGUUCUCCCUGCCGAAGAUUCCAUGCCGGACUGUGCCUUCGUGGAGGAUUGCUGUGUCGUGCUGGGGAAUAGAGCGCUGGUGACAAGGCCCGCCGAUGAUUGUAGGCGGCUGGAGGUUGACAGUAUAAAGCGAUGCAUGACUGACCUUGGACUUGAAGUACACAGGAUCGCUGCUGACUCUGAGGCCACCCUUGAAGGCGGUGACGUCAUCUUCACAG